GCCUCGAAAUCCAGAGCAUGGCGUUUCGCAGGAGCCCCGGGGUUGGCACAUAUAAACGCGGCGAGUUUCCAAUCCCCUUCCCGGACUCAUCCAUUCUGGUCAACCACUGCCGAUUUAUAUCUCUAAUCGCUAUUAUCUCAAAUUCGAUAAUAGCUACCAUCAUUUCAUCAUACCUCGCGAGACGCUGGUGACAAAAUCGUCUCACCAGCCACACUGCCUGCCGAUCUAUCCUGCGUUUUGCUUGUCCCUACUAGCUCUCUCCCGUGAUGGCUCGGCAGACAGACACCACCAAGCCAAAGGGCACCACUAAGCCAAGACACACCAAGUCGAAAGACGCUUCAUCAGUAAAUGGCGCCGGCAAGAAGGACAAGAAGGAGCUCCCCCGUCUCGAGUUCACAGAGCGUGCGCUGGUUGCUGCCUCGCGCCGGGAUGAUCGCACCUUGGAGCUUCGGAUAGAAUCCGCCUACAAGGCGAGUGCCAUACACAAGGCCCGUACCGGAAAAGGAUUCUUCGUCUCAGAGGCCGGAGUGCUCAACAAGGAGAUGUACGAGGAAGAUGCUCUUUUGCCCAGAUUCACAGCCAUGGGUCUAAGCGCGCCACCGGGAUUCGUCGUCGAUCCCAACACAGUCAGAGAUCUGCUGGCAGAGUCUGACCGGAGCUGGCGCGAAAACGACGUCAACAAGAUGUUUGCUCAAAUGUUUCCUCAUGCCGACGAGCACGCUCGCCGAUUCUCUCAGCAGUCCUCUCCUCUCCAGCCAUACUCUCCUCCCGAAUACUCUCCUACAUCCAUACCAUCUUCCAUAUCUCCGACCUCUCCGCCCCCGGCAUUUGAGUCGCCUGCCUCGAUGCAACUGCCUCAGCAUUCUCCUCAGUUCCCACAGUGGGAUUCCAACAACCUGGAUUUCACCAUGCAGCAGCCGCAGGCACAGGCACAGGCGCAGGCACCGACGGACCUUUUCCCACCCCUUUUCGAUUUUUCAUCUUCCUCUGCGAGCGAUCAAUCCAUGUCUUCAAUGUCAACUCCCUCUUUUGGCGGCUCUCCCAUCCCUGAGUUCCUGCACAUCGACCCAGCCCAGACGCAGCACCAAAUGCUCCACCACCAAGAUCUGUUUCCCGUGGAAGACUCGGCUCUGUUUUGGGAAUAGGAGCGAAACAAACUCAAACGUACGUCAAGUGUAUUUAGCGAAUGUUUAUCUCGAGGAGUUUUAGGUAUAUGUGGAGUUGUCGGUUUACACGAGGACAUGUACUCUGUAUAGGCGGAGUUUCGGUUACUAUGUGCUAGAAGCUGGGUAGCGGAUCAUGCCUGAUAUGAGCUGGUUCUUUCAAGGUACAUGUAGAUUGCUAUCUUGUAAUAGUUAGAGACACGCAGCUAUUAUAAUGAUAAUGAAGCUGAGCGCUCAGUUGAAAUAUUGCCAUGACCAGUUCAUAACUGAGAUGUUCCAUGUGAUCAGUCACAUAUUCUGGCACAAUACGUAACACGUACUGUACAGCAAUGUUCUGGUGGUGUGUCGCCGCCUGGACAAGCCCUUGAAAUGCCACCCAUCGAUGCUUAUAUUGUGGAGGCAGGCCCAAG